GUCACCACACCUGCCUCCUGCCAUCUCAGCCCAGCUCACUCCAUGUUCUGUGACACCCCUACCCCUUACUGGUCCCUCUGCUGGUCAUCCCAGCAGAGUCCUGACCUGUAGCACCCACGUCCUUACAUGCUGUGACAGCAACAACCUGCAUGCUGCCAAGGGAAGACCUUCCAGCUCAGAGACCAUAGGCACAUCUUUCCUGGGUGCCCACAUACCCACUUGCCACCCCCCCUCACCCCACCCCCCAGCCUCAGUUUCCGCUUAUCCAGAUGUGGACCAGGUGAGGGCCAUAGGAGUGCAACCCCUGUGAGUGCACUCACACUCCACGUGUGUAUAGACUCACUCUGCUCCCUUGAGGCUAACUCCUCAGGGCCCUGUCCAGCCCACCUCAGUUCCCUUCUUGGUCACUGCCCCACCCCCAUCACACUUGUCCAGACAGGCACCACCCUAGCCCUACCUGCCCUCUGAAACCACAUCCCCCUCCCAUUCACUCUGGGAUUUUCCCAGCUCACUCUUCAUUUAACCACCUGGGGCCCUCAAGAAAAAUCCCUCAGAACUGUGUCUCUACCCCACCCCCAUCUGGGGACAUCCCCCACAAUGGGUCUCCCUGGCUACCCACCCUGAGCCAUGAGACAUCCUUCUGCAGCUCAGUGUGAGGCCCCCCCUAGAGUGGGUCACCUUGUUCUCACUGGAGCUCCUUCUGGACCUUCCCAGCCCCAGGAAUUAAGGAGACAGGACAGACAGACAUGGAACCCCCAGCUAUGGGCAGGCGGCCACCCCCACACUUGGCAUACAUUUCUGGUCCCCAAGAACCCCAGAACUAUUUGGGGCAAGAGGAAAAAAAUAGACCCACUUGCUUCCUCCUCACCCCCCACCCCAUGGGCUGGUCAGGCCACACCCCUUCCCAAUUAAGAUGAACUGAGCACCUGACCCCAUCACCCUUUUCAAAGGAAAGCAGUUUCAUUUCCUCUCUCCACACUCAUUGAAUGUCCCAAAGAGGGAGGGGAGGGAGGAGCUGGCUAGUUUUAAAGAGGGAGGAGGGUAGAGUGUGCCCUCAGAGAUCUAGGAGUCUGGGAGAGACUGAGCCCCAGAGACAGAGGGGAGGUUGGGAGGGAGGGAAGCAGUGAGAAGAAGGAAGGGACAAUGGCAAGCAGAGAGAGCUGAAUAAAGGAGAGGCAGGGCUGGGGACAGGGCAGCGGGCAGAGAAAAGUAGGCAGCACAGGACAGGAGGCAGCUCGACUUACCUAGGGGACAGGCUACAGCAGGAAGCCUGCUAGGGUGGGACUCUGACCCCCAUCACGGUGGCUCUUGCUCCUGCCGUUUAAAACAAAAACGCAGACACCAUCUCCCAGGAGAGCCAUGGCACAGCCGGCCUGGCACCUCCUUGCUCUGGUCCCAGUCCUCCUCAGCCUGGUGUCCUCUCUGAACUGGAAGGAGAAUCACAGCCUUUUUGAGAAAUGCAUGCAGGAACCUGACUACCAGCAGCUACUCAAGGUUGUGACAUUGGGCCUCAAUCGGACCCAGAAGCCGCAGAGAGUGGUGGUGGUCGGGGCCGGCGUGGCCGGGCUGGUGGCUGCCAAGGUGCUUGGUGAAGCUGGACACAAGGUCACCAUCCUGGAGGCAGACAGCAGGAUUGGAGGCCGCGUCCUGACCUAUCGGGAUACCAAGAGGGGCUGGAUCGGGGAGCUGGGAGCCAUGCGCAUGCCCCGCUCACACAGGAUCCUCCAUGAGCUCUGCAAGAGCCUAGGCCUCAACCUGACCAAAUUCACCCAGUACGAUGAGAACACAUGGACGCAGGUGAACGAGGUGAAGUUGCGCAACUAUGUGGUGGAGAAGAUGCCCGAGAAACUGGGCUACAACCUGAGCCCCACGGAGAAGGGCCACUCGCCUGAGGAAAUCUUCCAGAUGGCUCUCAGCAAGGCCCUCAAAGAUAUCAAGACACUGGGCUGCAAAAAGGCAAUGAGGAAGUUUGACAGUUACACUCUCCUGGACUACCUCCUCAGGGUGGGGAACAUGAGCCAGCCCGCUGUGCGGCUCCUGGGGGACGUCAUGUCUGAGGACGGCUUCUUCUAUCUGAGCUUUGCGGAGGCCCUGCGGACCCACAGCUGCAUCAGCGACCGCCUCCGGUACAGCCGCAUUGUGGGCGGCUGGGACCUGCUGCCUCGCGCGCUGCUGAGCUCGCUGUCCGGCGCGGUGAUGCUGCACACACCCGUCGUGGGCAUCUCGCAGAGCCAGCACGAAGUGCGCGUGCACGUGUCGACUCCGCGCGGGGCUCGGAACGUGAAGAAGGCCUUGACCGCAGACGUGGUGCUGCUGACAGUCAGCGGGCCGGCGCUGCAGCGCAUCAACUUCUCGCCGCCGCUGUCCCGUAGGCGGCAGGCGGCGCUGCACGAGCUGCACUACGUGGCGGCCACCAAGGUGUACCUGGGCUUCCGCCGGCCUUUCUGGAAUGACGAACACAUCGAGGGCGGCCACUCCAACACCAACCGACCUUCGCGCAUGAUCUUCUACCCGCCGCCAGGUGAGGGCUCGCUGCUGCUAGCCUCGUACACGUGGUCGGACUCGGUGGCCCCGUUCGCUGGCCUGAGCGUGCAGGAGGCGCUGCGCCUGGCGCUGGAUGACGUGGCGGCACUGCACGGGCCCUCGGUGUACCACCUCUGGGACGGCAGCGGUGUGGUCAAGCGCUGGGCGGAGGACCCGCACAGCCAGGGCGCCUUCGUUCUGCAGCCUCCCAACCUCUGGCAGAGCGGCCAGGACAGUGGGCCCGAGUUCAACUGGACAGUCCCCUACGGCCGUAUCUACUUCGCCGGUGAGCACACGGCCUACCCGCAUGGCUGGGUGGAGACGGCUGUGAAGUCGGCACUGCGCGCUGCAGUAGCCAUCAACAAGGCCUCGAGCCAAAGACUAGAGCACGAGCACCCAGGCCACGGACAUGGGCUGUCUGGCCAGGGGCACAGGAGGGUCAGCCAAGAGAAGGGGCAGUUGGGCCAGAGACAUGGGCAGGAGCGGCAGCAGCUUGGCUCGGAGCACGGGCACAGCAGUGUGUCUCCUGGCCACAGCCGGUGUGAAGCCGAGAAGGAAGAAGAGGCUACCGCACCUCCAUUCCUGCAAAUGACCCCUCCGCAGCAGCCCAAUAGGACGACGAAUUAAAAAGCAUUUUUGGCUAAAGUUUUGUAGUCGCACCCA